AAAUACGGUAAUCGCUUAAUUCCCAAUCAGACUAAAAUCCAAAUCGAGUAAACAUCUGCAAACCGCAAAUCGUUCAACGAACGCUUAUAAAAAUAAGAAACAGAUAAUGUUAGAGCUUAGUUCAAGAGAACAAAUAAGAUAAAGAAGAUGUCUCAUAAUAUGGGAAAGUUGCAAGUGUUGAUAUUUCUUUUGGUUGUCGUAUUUGUCGCGAACGUAAAACAUGUUUCUAGUCGCGUAUAUGGUUUAUACAACCCUGGACUAAAAUUUGAUUCUGACUUUAGUGAUAGCGAUGAUGAGUUUUCUGAUGAGUUCGAUGUCCAUAAUCACUGGGGUCGAUUAGGUUUUCACCACCACCGUCGCAUUGACGAUGACAGUAUAGAAUACCCUCCACACAAACAUUUUGGGCAUGGACACCAUCACUUUGGUCAUGGAUGCAAUCGUAGAAAAUCGACAACACCAACUCCCUCAGAAACCACAACUCUAUCAACAAUUUCUACCAUAUCUACAACUGCAUAUAAAAAAACCACUGCCUCUUUCUAUCCUAGUAUAGAUCCAAGAGUAACAACAAUUACAGCACCAAAGGUAACAUCAACUGAUAGGAGUAUUGUCCCAUCCAGUGAAGAGCCAAGAGUAUCAACACCUAGAGCACCAAAGACUGAAUCAGCCGAAGAAAUGACUGUUUCACCCAAUGUAGAGCAAAAAGUAUCAACACCUAGAGCACCAAAGACAGAAUCAGCCGAAGAAAUGACUGUUUCACCCAGUGUAGAGCGAAAAGUAUCAACAUCUAGGACACCUAAAAUUGAUAUUAGAGUUAGAGAAGACCUACCAGAUGAUACAGUACCAACACAGUAGAAUAGAGACAAACUACAUAACCAACAAACUUUAAUCAUGAAACCUAAAAGAUAAAUCUGCUCUGAUUUUUAAAUCUUGAAUAUGUUUUAAAUCCAUUCAUUUACUGUUAACCUUUAAAAAUGUUUUUUUUCAAAACGUCACAAAAGUAUUAACUUUUGCGUCUUGACUGACAAUAUAAAAAGUCAUUUUAACGCCUAGGCAUAAAAGUACGAAUCCUCUUUUUAUAUUAUUAGGAACAUUAGGAACGUUUAAAAUUGUUUAAAGAAAUUAUUUGUGACGUUUAAAAAAAAAUAGCUUGUUCUAUUCGGAGUAAAAAUAACUUUUUGUGCCUAGCCUGUAAUGGCAAACGUACAGCCUCGCCACAAAAGGUAUCAUUUUUACUCCUAAUGAAACAAUAUACUAUUUUUUUUAAUUUCACAAAAGAAACAGAGAAUAUGACUGAUGGUGAAUAUUUAUCUAAUAAAACAAUAUUUUUUC